AUGAAGAGAAAAUCGCCUUUUGUGAAAAAAAAUCCUAUAAAGGAUCAAAACACUUUGGAUAAAUUUGGUAUUUUUAAAAAGGCAAUUGGAAUAAAAAAAGAAGAUGAAAAAGAACAUGAUAUAAAAAAUAAUAUGAGCAUUUUUCAAAAAAAAGAAGAUGGAAAUAUAUUGAAAAUAAAAAAAGAAAAGUAUGAUGGAUACGAAGACAAUUUAAAUGAUAUAGAGGAGGGAGAUACCCAUGAUGGAAGUAAAACAGAUUAUAAUAAUACAAAUGAAGGUAAAGAAUUCAAUAGAGAAUGUCCCAAAAAUGAAAAGGAUAGUGGAAAUGGCAUAUUUAAAUUAAAGAUGAAAUCAAAAGAAGGGUCGGAUUUAAAUAAUUCAAAUAGUAUUGUAACAAAUGAAAAAGAACAAGAAGAAAAUUCAAAUAAUACAAACCCAAAUAGUUUGCCAUUACAUAAAUUAUAUCAACCAAUUUAUAAAGAAGAUUAUAUACAUGAGAUAAGAAGUAAAAGAAAUCCAUUAUUAACAAAAAUAUUAGAUGAAGAUUUAAAUUUUAAUUUAAUUUUAUGUGGUCCACCAGGUUCUGGUAAAUCAUCUCUUAUAAAUGUAAUAAAGAAUAAAACUCAUAAUUUAUUUAUAACUUUAUUUCAUUUAAAUAAUUUCAAUACUGAAAUACGAAGAAUAUAUGAUCAGUCUAUAAUAAAUUAUAAGUUGUCUAAAAGACGAAUGAUAUUAUGCAUAAAAGAUAUAAAUAGAUUAAAUAAACCACAACAAGAACAUUUACUAUUAGUUUUAAAAAAAGGGUAUUUUUAUCUUUUAGCUACUUGUUUAUAUAAUCCUAUGAAUAUAUUAAAUGCUUCAUUAAGUUCUAGAUGUUUAUAUUUAUAUUUGAGUCCAUAUGAUAAAAUAGAAUUAGCUUUAAUUAUUAAAAGAAUAAUAAAUAAAUUAAAUAUUGAGAUUGAAGAUAAUGCAUUAAAUGUUAUAAUCAGCCAUUCGUCUGGGGAUGCAAGAGUGGCUAUAAAUAUUAUUGACUUUGCUAUACAACAUAUGAAAUUAGAAGAAACGAAAGAAAAGGAAAGAAUGGAAAAAGAAAAACAGAAAAAUAAAGAUGGGAUAGAAAAAAAAAAUGAUACAAUGAUAAAACCAGUGAAAGUAAAAAGAUAUAAUGAAUAUUUCAAUGAAGCAUCUAAUACUGAACCAAAUAAAAAAAUUAUACAAAUAAAUAAUAUUAAAAACUUUUUACAAAAUUUUCCAUGUAAUGAUAAUAAAUUAGAUCAUUAUAAUUUUAUAUCAGGUUUACAUAAAAGUAUAAGAGCAGGAAAUGUUAAGGCAGCAAUAUUAUAUUUGACAAAAUCGUUAAAAAAUGGAGAAGACCCAUUAUAUAUAUGUAGAAGAUUAAUAAGAAUAGCAUCUGAAGAUAUUGGAAUUGCAAAUCAUAAAGUAUUAUCAGUUUGUGUUAAUACACAUUAUGCAUGUAAAGCUAUAGGAAUGCCUGAAUGUCAAACCGCUCUAAUAUAUGCUGUUAUAGUUUUAUGUAAAUCCUCAAAAAGUAACUAUAUAUAUGUUGUUGAAAAAAAUGCAAAAAAAAUAUGUAACGAAUACAGCUUUGAUGUACCUUUCCAUUUAAGAAAUACUUCAAAUAGAUAUAUAUACACCAACCAACCAGAAAUUCUUACCUUUGAAGAACACACAAAGAAAUAUAAAGCUGUUCAAAAAUAUCUACCUGAUUAUAUAGAAAAUGUCGAAGUACUUCCAGAAAUAUGA